AUGGAAGAGCAUCCACAUAAACAGAGGAAGGAAGUGAAGCCUUACAUCCUUCCUCUACCAUACCCUCAAAGGUUGCAAAGAGAACUCAAGGAUCAACAAUUCCCCAAGUUUUUGGAGGUUUUUAAGAAGCUGGAAAUCAAUAUCCUACUUGCUGAAGCAUUAGAGCAGAUGCCGUUAUAUGCGAAAUUCUUCAAGGAACUCAUUAACAAGAAGAGAAGCUGGAAUGAAAAGGAGACUGUGAUCUUGACACAAGAAAGCAGUGCAGUGAUUCAAAGAGGCCUCCCACAAAAACUCAAAGACCCAGGGAGCUUCAUUAUAUCAUGCACCAUAGGCAACGUGACACUAGAAAAGGCUCUAUAUGAUUUAGAUGCCAGCAUCAACUUGAUGCCUCUCUCACUGAUGAAAAAGCUUGUAAUAGAGGAAGUCAAACCAACAAGAAUGUCACUUCAAAUGGCAGACAGAUCACUCAAGUUACCUAAUGGAGUUAUAGAAAACUUAUUGGUGAAGACUGGAGAAUUCAUUUUCCCUGCUGAUUUUGUCAUCUUAGACAUGGAAGAAGAGGGACACAACUCAAUCAUCUUGGGGCAACCUUUCUUGGCCACAACAAGAGCUAUAAUUGAUGUAGAGAAAGGUGAAACGACCCUCAAGGUGCAUGAUGAAAAAAUGAUCAUCAAUGUUUUUAAGUCGAUGCAAUAUCCCCCUGAGAAGGAUAAGCAUAUGAGGGUGGAAAUGAUAGAAGAAUUGGAGAAAGAAUUACUUGAAGCCAACUGUCAGGAAGAACAAGAAGAGGAAACAGAAGAAAAACAAGAUAUCAUGGAAGAAAGAGUAGCUAAAAUCUCUUUUGAAAGCAAGACAGAGGAGGUGUAA